AUACAAGAUUUACGCGAAGCAAACUCGCCAAGCCGAACCUCAGAAUUAGAAAGACAGUUGAGGGAAUUUCAGCAACGUGAAGAAAACUUCCAGAGACAGUUACGGGAGAUGCAGAAACGUGAACAGAAUUUACAAAGGCAGCUCAGAGUGGUUCAAGAACGGGAUCAAUACUCUCAAAGCCAGCUAACGGAGUUUCGUGAACGUGAACAAAAUAUGCAGCGACUGUUGAGAGAGCUUCAGGAACGAGAACAAAAUUCUCAAAGCCAGCUAACGGAGUUUCAGCAACGUGAACAAAAUAUGCAGCGACUGUUGAGAGAGCUUCAGGAACGAGAACAAAAUUCUCAAAGGCAGCUGACGGAGUUUCAACAACGUGAAGUAAAUUCUCAAAGGCAGCUGACGGAGUUUCAACAACGUGAAGAAAAUUCUCAGAGGCAACUGAGGGAGAUAGGACAACAGUUGACGAAUUGCCGAGGACAAGUUUCUGAACUACAGUUAAGUCUUUCAACAGCUCAGCAAACAAUAAAUCAAUUGCGUAACCAGGGAACACGUGACUGGGUUCUACCCCGCGACGAAAUUCAAAUCACAGAAAAAUGCCUUGGGAGGGGAGGAUGGGGAAGUGUCAAUGAGGGAACGUAUUGUGGCUGUACUGUAGCAGUGAAAAAAAUCCACGAGUUGAUUCUCUCCCCUCAUAACAUACGUCUUUUUGAGAGAGAAAUGAAUAUUGCAUCCAAGUGUCGCCAUCCUCACUUACUACAGUUUAUCGGCGCAACAGUUGAUGAGGGAAGUCCUCUGUUUGUCACCGAGUUGAUGGAUAAAAGUUUGCGGACUCUGUUAGAACAGCGGCAACUGUCCGAAACAGAAAUACGCACCAUUUCUUUGGAUGUAGCCCGCGCACUGAACUAUCUUCACCAGAAGAAACCAGAACCCAUCAUUCACCGUGAUGUGAGCAGUGCUAAUGUGUUGCUAUGGCGACAGGGUGACCAAUGGAGGGCCAAAGUGUCAGAUUAUGGCACUGCUAAUUUUAUACAGCAGACCAUGACAGUGGCUCCUGGAGCUAUGAUUUACAGUGCACCUGAAGCACUUACAUCAAACCAAACAGUCAAGGUAAGUAUAAGUGAACAUUCAAGACUUUUGACUUACUAAAAUCGUACAGCAAUGCCAACAGUGGCGGAAGUGAAAGUGACCCUUGUCCUUUCGCCCAAAAUCGCCUUCUUGUCACUCCACAAACAGUACAACAUUUUUGAACUGAAAUGAGCAUAUCGUUGUCAGGAGUCUGUACUUUGUUCUGAACUUUUUUCACUCUUUUAUGUUCUUUUUCAUACAUUUUGUCCACGUAAUUGGAUUUGUUAAUUUAUCCCUUCUUUUCUCAAAAGACAACAGUUACAGGAUGGCAAAAGUUAGUAUUUUUAGGAUCAAAACAAUAAAGCCAAGAACGUACCUGGAAGCCUUUUAAGGAUCUUCUGUUUUCUAGGCUUUUCUUAUCCAUUUAUCGAUAAUCAUCUAUUUCGUUUGAAUUCUCGAGAUUCUUCCUCUGGUGUUACUUUGACUCUUUUUGUAAUCAGUAUACCACUAAUAAGUAAUGUAAAUAAAGGAUAUUCUGGCAUAAAGUCAUGCAUUAUGAUUGUUUUUAGGUUGAUGUCUACAGCUUUGGUGCUCUUCUCUGUGAAAUGUGCAUCCGGGAACUGCCAGAUCCUACAAGGCGAGAAGAACAAGUUGUGCUGAUAACGAACGCUGUGUUUCGCGGCCUGGUACGGCGAUGCCUGCAGAGAGAGCCUGGGACGAGACCAACCAUGCAGGGAAUAAUUGAUGAACUGAAAGAUACCAAUGUAUCAUCUUAA